AUGGCGCCGCCCCGCCCAAGCGCCGCCCCGUCCAAGCGCAGAGCCGCCCCUCCAAACCCGACGGCCGACGACGAGUUCAAUCUGGAUCUGCUCCGCGCGGCCAGCGAGGGCGACCUCCGCCUCUUAAAGAUGCUGGUGUGGGCGCUGGACGAGAGCACAAGGGAUCCCAGGGAGGUGGUGGGAGCGGCCAAGCACAAAGGCGUCGGGGCGCUGCACAUCGCCGCCAGAAAUGGGAGGCUACCCGUGUGCAGGUACCUGGUGGAGGAGCUAGGGGUGGAUGUGGACGCCGUCGAUAACGAAGAUCUAACACCUCCGUUCUGGGCAAUGCAUGGUGGAAGGAUGGAUACUAUGAGUUAUCUUCUUGAUCAUGGGGCCAAUCCACACAAAGUUGAUGACCAAGGGUUCAACCCACUUCAUCGUGCUGCUCGAAGAGGAGACCCUGAAAUGGUGGAACUCUUGCUUGCAAAAGGAGUUUCUGUUGACCCAGUAUCUGCUAGCGGGACACCAUUGCAUAUCGCUGCCUACAAUGGGCAUGAUGAAGCUAUGAAAAUUUUGUUGAAACACGACGCGGAUUGUAACAAGAUAGUACCUGGUGCUGAAACCCCUCUUCUUGUUGCAAUAGCGGGUUCCUCAGUGAAAUGUGUCAAGCUCCUGGUCGAGGCUGGUGCAGAUGUCAAUGACGGUCUUAUAACCCCUUUAGUUGCUGCUGCUACAAAAAAAGGCUCAACUGCAUGCUUGAAAUACUUACUGGAAGCUGGUGCCAACCCUAAUGUUCCUGACAAUUUUGGUAGGAUGCCAAUAGAAAUUGCUGCACUGGAUGGUUCAAGGGAAGACAUUGAGAUCUUAUUUCCUGUGACUUAUUGUAUUCCAACUGUGCAUGAUUGGAGCAUCGACGGAAUAAUACACCAUGCAAAGUCAGCGUCUAUGAAGCAGGGUGAUCAUUCAAAUGUAAGAAGAAUGGCAGAGUUGAAGUCACUUGCGGUUAAUUCUCUCAAGAGAAACGAUUAUUUUUCUGCGGCAACACUGUACAGUGUGGCAAUGAAGCAUGACCGUCAUGACGCUACCUUGUUAUCGAACAGAAGCCUUUGCUUUCUCCGCAUGGGCGACGGGCACAAGGCUUUGCGGGAUGCUCUUGCGUGCAGUGAAAUGCGGCCUGGCUGGCCAAAGGGCUGGUAUCGGCUGGGGGCAGCGCUCAUGUUAUUGAAGGAUUACGAGAGUGCAUGCAAUGCUUUUCUGGAGGCAGCCAAGUUGGACCCGUGGAGUCCUGACAUUGAGGCUGUGUUGCGGGAGGCUAUGAAUUCCUUGAAGACAUCCCGUGGCGCAACAAUGGCUACUUGA